AGCGCAUGAAUAACGCUCUGAAUAAUUGAUAAUUUUCUUAAAACAACAUUGAAAUUUGUGUUUCUCGAUCAUAAUAGCAUUAGCGCAUAAAAAUUUCAGAUAUUUUAUAAUAAACGAUUGAGAAGUUAAAAUAAACUAUGCGCCGGCGCUGACGUCACAAAAUAAAAAAAGAAAAGGAUAAGAGAGAAAUGAAUUUAACAUUAGAGUGUAGAGGAAAGCGAUAGGUGACGAUAAGCGUCAGAAUAUACUACGGGCAAUAAUAGUCAGAGAACGGUAGACGCCAUAUUGACUAGAGCGACGACGUCGAUGUCUACGUCUACGUCGACGAGCAACAACAGUCACCACACGAGGAUUUCCGAGCGUUUACGACUUUAAGAGCUCGCGCGCAAGACGGCGGCUCGUCUGACGAAAGGGCUCAACCGUCGAGCCGUCAACACAAACGGACAGUGUUUUUUUUUGUUGUAACAUAUAUAAAUAUUUGUAUUGUACUAUUAUUUAAACAAAAGAUUAAAACUCUGAGCUGUAAACAAAGAAAAGUAUUUAAGUAUUCAAUCAUCUUUUUUACGAAAAUUUUAUUAUUUUACCAACUAAUCUAUCAACAAAAUUAGAUAAAUCUAAAACUUGUCAGUGCUGUGUUUCAAAAAAACUUUAUUGUACAAUGUAAUGAUCAAGGAUCGUGACCUGACGUUAAUUAAUAGGCAAGAUGAGAUAAAAAACAGUUAAAAUCUGCCUAAUACUCAUUUCGGGCAAAAUAGAGUCCAAGCCUGAAUUAGCUACAAAGGAAUCUAUAAGGGCAUGUUGCGCAUUGUAAUGGAUCAAAGAUUAUCGGCAAUUGAGGGAAUUGCUGGUUUAGUGAAUAUUGUUUGAUAAAAGUAAAAAACUAAAGGUAACAAUAGAAAAAAAUAGUGCGCUGAGGUCGUACGACGCUCCUCGUGAGGUCGUCCGCCCGCCAAUCAAUACGCCAGUGUGUCGACUUGGUCGGCUCGAAAGCUGCUUCGUGAUUAUCACGCAAGCUCCCUAAAAACAUCACUACAAUUUUUUCGUCGAUGCUGUUGGUAUACAAUAUAGUUCACUGGUUAACGCUUCAAAUACGCCAAAUAACUGGAUUUUACUCUUCUGGUAUUGACAAAAAAAAAGCCUUCUGAAAGGUUGUUUUCUCAAAUCAGCAAUGAGGAGAUUCUGUAAUGGUAUUGGAGUUGCUGAUUCGAUUUGAAUAAUAACUGAUGGCUAUUGGUUGGCGGGAAAUGUUCAAAAACCACAAUGGCAUUCUAGCAGGGUGUGAGCUUCAAGUAGCGUAGAUGCUGUGACGAUUUGCUGGCUGAUAGUUAGUGAGUGAAGUUGUUGGUGAUUAAAUUGGUUCAAAAUAGGUGCAGGAAGCAUGCGGGGUAAGGGUGAUAUAUGGAGAUGUCCUGCUGGGCUGGGUUAGAAAUAAAACUCCCAAACCCCACCUGCGCCUGCACCUGGAUCUAAUACCUUAAGGAUUGUUGCCGUUGCUAAUUGUAAUUGGGAAUUGGAAGUACUGUAUUAUUAAGUGGUUUGCAAGCUUUGCUUGCUUCCUGGAUGGGCAAUGUUAGAGAUGCCGAGCGGACUCGGUGCAACAACAAUGGGCAUUGGCGUUAGUCAUAGCAAUCCAAGUGGUGACAGUGUCACAAGCGGAUGCCGACUUCGUGCCCACUCACAAGGCCAGCAACAGACACCAUCUCAGCAACAAACCUCUGAACAAUCGGACCAAACCUUGCAAGAGUGUCAACCUUCCCAAAAAGAUGCUCAGCGACAGAAUCCAUCACAUUCUGGCCGAACCAAAAAAGACAAUUGCUGUUUAUGCUGGUGCUGUUGUUGCAGUUGCUCUUUGGCAGCUGUUGGUACGGGUAAUGAAACUUCUGGAACAGGAGAUUCAAAAAAGAAGCGCGGUAAUAGUGGUAUCGGAGCGGAUUCUGCAUCAGGUGGUGGUCUUACAGAUCAAAAUUCAGGAACUGGUAACGGAUUGGACGGAUUAGAUGCAAUGGAUGGUUCUGGUACGGAAUGUUGUGGCCUAGAUGAAGUACGAUCAUGGGGAUCGUCAUUUGACAAAUUAAUGCACAGUACUACUGGAAGAAAAUUAUUUCGUGAAUUUCUUAUCAGCGAAUAUAGUGAAGAGAAUAUUGCAUUUUGGUUGGCUUGCGAGCAAUUGAAAAACGAAGAUAAUCCGGAAAAAAUAGAAGAAAAGGCACGAUAUAUUUACGAGGACUACAUAUCGAUACUGUCGCCUAAAGAGGUUAGUUUAGAUUCACGUGUACGUGAAAUUGUUAAUAGAAAUAUGAGUCAACCAACACCCCACAUAUUCGAUGAAGCACAACUACAGAUUUAUACCCUAAUGCAUCGUGACUCGUAUCCACGGUUCGUAAAUAGUGAUAUAUUUCGCCGAGUCGCGAGACUCGGUAGUGGACCACCAAGUCCAGCAGAUGAUUCUGGUGGUAUCGUUGCUGCCGUUGGUGCUGUAGUAGCUCCAACAAUGCCGUCUGUCGGUAAACCUAAAUCGAAAAAAUCCAUUUCGUAGUCUAUUAUUAUGUGUCGGCAAUUAUUAUACAUAAUUUGUGAUUUUCAAAUUAGUGACAACAAACAACAAAAUAAUUAAAUUAUUUAAUUAACUAAUUAAUGUACUAGUUUAAUAAUCGGUUUCAAUUUUUUUUUCUUUUAAUUUAUUUAUUUAUUCAACGCAUGCACGGUUAUCCUGUGUUAUCAUGCCUGUAAAGUGAACACUAUCGACCGGUAUAUUGUAAUAAAUGAAAAGGCAAUAGAGAUUUCUGUUUUUUUUCACCAACGUGACAUAAUGAUCUCAUAAUGACACUCUUUUGAAACCAUUAUUGAAUACUUUUUUUAAAUGUACUCUACUAGUAUCAUUAGGUCCGAUUAAUUAUAGAAUUAUAUACACUAACAUAUUUAAUAAUUUUUAAAUAAGUUCUUUAUAAUUUAUAUUAAUUCAUAGUUCUCACAAAAUAUUUUUACGACCAAGUUAUAAAUAUCUAAUACACAGAAAAAAAUAAUUUCUUGGCACAAGAAAAAUUUUUUAUUAUGAAAUGAAAACAAAAAUUUUCUUAGGACUAGAAAAAAUUUCUAGGCUCAGGAAAAUUUUCGUUUUCAAUUCAUAAUGAAAAAAAUUUCUUGAGACAUUAAAAAAUUUUCUUGGGGCUCGUAAAAAUUUUUAGCGCCAAGAAAUCCUUUUUUUUUGUGUAAGCGCAAAUUAUCACCGUAUUGGUAAACAACCACUGUGACUGAUUUACAGAUGCGAUAAAUCAGGAUAACCAUACAUGCAUUGAGGGAAGUGUAGUGCAUAACAAGUGAACUAAUCUAUUAUCCAUAAAGCACAAUUUCUUUAGCACUCGUCGGUGGUUCCUGCGUGCGCACCUCUGACCCGUGCUAAAGCUAUUGCGCUCGACGAAUAAUGGUCUACUUAGUCCACUAGUUACACAAUAUACUAAAAUUAUUAAUAGACACUAACGUAUAUAUUUAUGUAAUAAACCCACCUCUGUACCUGUAGCUACGAUGGACUAUCGCUAAGCCGUAACGAUUUAGUGUAUAUAUUAGGGUGGCGCUAAAAAACUCACUAUUUUAUUUCUUUCAAUCUCUUAUCAACAUUUGUUAAUUUAAAACGUUUUAAGAACCCUCUCUAAAAAUCAGUUUGACAAAAAAUUAUUAAGACGUCGCUCACGAAUUUCGAAAAUUCCAAUGUGGUUCCAAAUUCUGAUUUUUUUUUUUAUGUAAACUUUUUCUUUUGGCAAAAUAGUUUCAAACUUUUUCAAAUCGAAAAUUUUUGAGUGAACUUUAAAUAUUAAUAUGAAUGCUUCUCUAUUUUUUUAUGUUCUAUUAGUAUCAUACACUGUAAAAAAUUUGCGGAGUGAAUGUGAAAUUCACUUCGAAGGGAAGUUUAUUAUAAUAUUAAAACUUCGGUUCGAAGUGAAAUUAACUCCGAAAAUCUUAAAACUCUGAAUUGGAGUGAAUGCAGAUUUACAUAAAAUUCAAACUACUCCGAAAUCACUCCGCUGAAAAACCAAACUCUUUAUUUAUUCAAUAUGCGGAGUGAUCUUUUUAAAACUCCGAAACUCUGAGUGACGGAGUGAAUUCGGAUUAAAAUAAAAUCCGUAAUAACUCCGAAUUCACUCCAAAUUAUCUACAGUGUACUGUAUAAAAAUAGAUAGAUAAAUAAAUAGAUAUUCGAUCAUUUUUAGAAUUUUUAAAAUUCACGAACGACCGCUUAAAAAUUUAUUAUCAGCCUGAUUUUUAUAGAGGGUUCUUAAAACGUCUUUAACUAACAAAUUUUUAUGUCAGACUUAAAAAAAUAAUACAGUCGAUUUUUUUCCGCGACUCUAAUAUAUUAUAUUCUUUUCAAACGCGUUAAUUAUUUGAAUCUAUUGAUACAUAUAUAAUAAUAAUUAAGAUUGACUAUUUAUUAUUGAUAGUAAUAUUUAUAAUUACUAAGGGUAUAUAAAUUAUUAAUUGAUAAUAAAAUAAUUUAUCAAUUAUUAUUGAUAUUAAAAAAAACAUUAUAAAAAAAAUGAGUGAAAAAAAAAAGUAAAUAUAAUAUUUAAAUUCAGACUAUGGGCCCAUUGACAAUCCAAUUAUCACUUCUCUUUAAACGUGUGUAAUGUAUGCGUGUUAUUUAUAAUUAUAGUUAUAAGAUUGUUAAAGUUUUCCAUUUCUUUUUCCAUUUGAUUUUUGUAGGGUUUUAUGAAAAUCGAUGGUUUUGUUACAUUUUAUAUUUUUUUAAUGGUUUUUUUUUUUGUGAGGAAAAAUUAAUUCGUAAUUUUAACGGAUUUCGAUUCUAUUUAAAAAAAAAUGUGUGCAAAUUUUUUGUGGAAUUAAGAUUUUUUUUAAAUCACUAAGAUCGGCAUGAUCUGAAUAUCUAUGAUUUGCUGAAAUCAUGAUUUUAGAAAAAUAAAAUUUUACUAAAUCUUAUUAUAUAUAAGAUCUUAUCAUAUAUAUUGAUAUAUGAGAUGUUAUCAGAUCUCAAUAUUUAGAGAUAUCGUCAGAUCUUAUUAGAUUUAUGUUAACAAAAUAUUAUAAAUAAUACAAAAAAAUUAAGAUCUUAAAUAAAUCUGAAUAUAAAAGAUUUAUUAAGAUUGAUCAAAAUUUUGCCAAAAUUUAUACAUUCGAUCUGAAAUAUGAGAUGUAUAGAAAUCAAAAUAGAUUUCUAUUGAUUUGACUUCAACAGUAAAAUUUCAGAUCUAAUUUAUUACAAAUCUUAUAUUUUACUUACAUUAAUUAUUUGAGUUGAUUUAGAAUAAAAACUUAAUUAUUAAUUAAUUUUUCCUGAGAAAUAUUUUAAGUUUUUUACGGUAAACUUUGUAACAACUUUUUUUUUAUUUAUUAAAUAUUUAUAAAAAAACAUUUCUAUUGUAUUUACUUAGACUAAUUAUAGAAUAUUACACAAUUGUAAUACAAAAGAGCGGAUAUGACCAAAAAAACGUUAUUAAAAUAAAUAAAUAGAAAAAUAAAAACAUAAAAAAAAAUUACGAGCCCGCUCUUUAGUUACCGUAGAAAAAUCCACCGAAAAAAUAUUAAAGAACUAAAUAAUAAUAUAAGUAAGUCAACAAAUUAAUAGAAUACCAAAAACUAGUUAUUAAAUAAUUAAGUAAAACAAAAAUAAACAAUGUGUGCUGCUAUUAUAUCGCGCUAAUAUGUACACAUAUAUAAUGUGAAUGUUGAGAGAUUGUGCGAUUAUUGUGUUUUAUCGAAUUUAUUAUACUUAUUACCAACAAAUAAAUAAAUUAUAAUAUUAAUAAUGUUAAUCAUUAAUAUUAAUAAGACGUAGAAAAGCAAUAACUUGUCAACUGGCAUAGAAGCUGUUUUGAGAAAAUUGCGUUUGAAGAUUCAAAAAUAUUGUCAAUAAUAUUUAUCUGAAAAUUAUUCGAACACAAAUUAUUUUUAUGUGAUUUUAUUAAUCAAUUUCAAAAAAAAAGUAUAUAUAUAUAUAAUAGUCUGACCCUGAUUAAAAAAAAUGAUUAAAAAGUAUUUAAAAUGAUUUGUUUUUUAAUCAUUUUAAAUACUUUUUAAUCCUUCAAAUCAUUUCUAAUCCUGUCUCUUAUGGACAUUUAACGUGUGAAAUCAUUUUUAAUCAUUUUUUUUAAUCAGGGGAGGAUCUAAAUUAAGAAAAUCCAUUAAAAAUGACAUUAAAUUUUGUUGACAAAGUAAAAAAUAGGCAAUUUCAUUCUAAAAAACGUUCCAUAAACUCGGUGUGGUUUUGAAAAAUUACUAAUCAUGUUUGUUGAUUAAAUCCAAUUAAUCUAAUGUAACUUAACACUAAUUUGCUAAAAUCAUUACAGCAGAAAUAUUGGAAUGUCAUUAUUGCCGAUAGUAAUAUUUCUUAUAUCUGAAAAAUCAUUUUGGACAACAGUGAUUACGAUCUCCGAUGAGAAAAGUUACCAUAAAAGAACAAAAAUCUUUCAAAUGUAAAGAUGGAAUAGCUACUUGAUGAAGAGAGGAAGUAUUACUACUUUUUUUUAGCGGAUAUAAUUAACUUGUGUCUAAAAUUUUUUUGAUAUUAUGAAUUAAUAAAACUUUUUUUUUACCGCUAAACUACACUGUAAGAAAAGCAAUACUAAAAUGGACUUAUUUCAGCGGUGUUUGUGCUACUCAGCGGUGUUAUUAAACCGGUGAUAAAAAGGUGUACAUGCGGAGAAAAUUAACUCUGAGCAGAGUUUGAGGGUGUGAAAAUAAGUGUUUUAAGAUCUACAAAACAGAAUAAAUAACAUUAAUAAGAUUUCAGUAACAUUCUGAAAUUAUCGUUAAUUGAAAAAAAAAAAAAAAACAAUUUUAUUACCUGAUAAAAUAAGAAAUCUCACUUCUAUCGAACUGAACUAAUUGCUGAAAUUCUCGGUCGCUUAUCAAAUUGAAUAUUUCAAUUUUCUCGCUGAUUUAGAUUGCAAAGUGACUUGAAUCAUAAAAAUCUAUUUCCCAUAUUUUAUACAAAAGCAUUAACAUGUCAUUGUGGGCAAAUAUUCUUUAAAUUACUCCAUAAUCUGGUAAAACUGUCGUAUUAUGAAAUUUUGAAACAAUAAAUUUUUUUUUGUAUUUAAAAUACGAUUCAACUUCUAAUACUUAAAAAAUAAAACUACAUUUUUAUUUAACUCCACUUAACAUCGGGAAAAUGUUUAACACCGUUUUUGGGGUUGAAUUUAACAUUGAUCACCUUAAUACCAAGGUAAUAUGGAUUUACACCAACUUUUUUUUACAGUGUACUCGAAAAGAAUUUUUCAGUUUCCACAGAACUAUUUGGUAGAAAAACAUCAAAAAUCGAUUUUUUACGGAUUGACAAGUUAUCGCUUAUCUACUUCUAAUAAUAAUGAACAAACUAAAGACAAAAUUUAAAAAUUAAGAAAAAAGACCAGUUUUAAACAAAAAUUAUUAUUAUUAAUAAUAAUGUGCAUACGUAAAUUGUUUUAAAUACAAACAAUAAUAAUAGUAAAAAUAAUAAUAAUAAUAUUAACAGUGCUAAAAAUUAGAGUAAAUGGAAAUUAAAAAUAAAUUUUUUUUUGUUUUAAAUUAAAUAAUUAAUCAUUCGUGUACUUUGUGUAAAAGGCCUAACAAUAAAAAUAAUAAUAAUAAUGAUGAGCAAAAAUAAAAUUAACUAAUUAUAAUAAUAAUAAUUGUAACAAUGAUAAUAAUUUAUGUACUUAUGUACUAAAACAAAUGCAAGUCAUUAUUACUCGCUCGUUUGGCACGUACUCUAGUUAAGUGAGACGAAAUUUGUUUCAUUUUUUUUUUAUCGUUUAAAAGAAAAAAAUAAUUAUUAUUAUAAUUGCCAUUGCAUUUAUGACUGUGAGUGUGGAACAUAAUUAUUAAUAUUAUUAUUAUAAAGCGGGAGAAUAAGUAAAAGUAAAAUUAACAAAAAUAAUAAUUCAUUUAAUGGGAAGAAAUUAAUUAAUUGAAUUAAUAUGUAAUAUUAAUUCAUACACUAACUGAAUUUAUCGGUUGUUAAUUAAUAAUGUAAUAGUUGUUUUUUGUUAUUAUUGAAUUUGAAAGAAGAUGAAAAAUAAUAGAGAUUGUUUUGUUGAAAAAACAAGUUAGUGAGUGUAUUUAUUUAUAUAUAAAUAUAAAUAACGAUAAAAAAAAUAAAAUAAUCCGGUAUAUAAAUAUACAUAUACAUAUAAACACAAGUAAUAAUAUGUAUGAGUUUAACCCUGUAGAUAUUUAUGAAUAGUUAGGAAAAAUAUAAACAAGACCGUCAUUUAAUGAAAACUAAAUUAGAAAUAAUAAUUAAUAAUAGCAAUGGGUAUAAAAUGUUAACGAAUGUUGAAAUAUGAAUUUUAAAAAAAUUAACACAUGAUAUUAUUUAAAUCACGCAUAACUUACUGUGACUAAAAAAAUGAGCACAAUUUACUUUGUUUAUAAGAACAAAAAAAAUGCAGAAAAGAAACGCGCAAUUUAUUUAUUAUUUACUUAUAAAAUAAAAUAUAUGUAAUUGAAUGGAUGAUAUAUGUAAAUGGUAUGAAAUAAAAAUAAAAUUGAUGAAUGAAAAUAUAUAUAUACAUACAUAUAUAUAUAAUUAAUAAAUUUAAUAAAUUUCUAAGUGUAUUAAUAUAAAAAAUUAAGCUUAUUAAUAACAAUUUCCUAAAAAUUUCAAAAUUGGUAACUAAAAGUUGACAAGAAAUUAAAGAAAAAUUAUUGUUAAUAUUAAUAUUAUUGUUUUUAUUAUUAUUAAUGUUAUUAGUAUUAAUGAUAUUUGAUAGGCGUAAUAAUGAAUAUAACAGAUAAAUAUUGAAUAGUAAUAAAUAUCGGGGUAUAGGUGCCGUAGAGAAGGAUUUUUGUUGAUGGUACUGUUAAAAAAGUGGAAGGGCGUAUAUUAUGUCAACUCUUAUGGGACCUGAGAACGUUAAGGGCUUGGAAAAAUUUUGGUCAAUGUAUUAUUGGUCAAGAAUUAAAAAAAACUUUUCUUUUUAUGAUAAUAUUUGAUGCCUUUAUGGUACCCGAAAACUAUAAGGGCUAAAUAUAAAAUUAUUUUUGUUGAUCAAUUUUUUGUGGAGAAGAAUAAAAAAUUAGAAAAAAAAAUGAAUGAUAAUUUUCUUCUGGCCCUUAUGGUACCAGGGACUACAAGGGUUUAGCGAAAAAUUUUAUCACUGAUUGAUGUAUUUUCAGUAUAAAAGUAUGGGCAAGUUAAAAAUAAUUUUUUUUUACGCCCUUACGGUACUUAAAAACGGUUCACUGCGUUUUGGUCCCAAAACAUUUCAUCCCCGACAAUUCAUCCCCGCGACGAUUCAUGACAAUGACAACUUACACUUAGACAAAUAAUACCCGAUAAUUUACCUGUUGGACAAUUGAUACUUCAAUAAAAAUAUUAAAUACAAUAAACCAGCUAUAAAUAUUGUUAAUUAUGAACAUUUUAUCAAUAUAAUUUUAAUACACACUUUCUCAUAACCACAUCAUUUAGCACCAUAGUACAUAAUCGAUCGUUAACAAUUUUAUACUUUAUAUUAAUAAUAAAAUAUUAUCUCUUAAUUACUUAUUAACAUUAAUUUUUAGCGAUCAAUAUAGUUAACUAAUUAGUAUCACAAUUGCUUAAGGCACUUAUACAAAACAACUGAAUAUACAAGACAACAAAAUAUCCAGAAGUCGCGAUACUUGAGACUACAUUUAAAUGAUCUUUUAGAUAAUAUCGUUAUUAUUAUUGUAAUUAUUCUUCUUAUUGUUAUUAUUAUUGUUGUUGUUUCAAUUAAAUCAUUGGGUUACUAAACUCAAAGUUACAUAAUAUUCGGUUGAUGGAAAAAAGUAUAGAUAAUUUUUUUCAUGGAUUUGAUGUGCUUGAUAAUAGUACAAAUAUUGAUUAAAAUAAAAAAUGAUUAGAAAUAAUUAUCAAUAUAAGGUAGAUUGUCAUGGUUAAGAUGUCAUAAGAUGAACAGUCGUCGGGAUGAUUUAUCUCACAGAUAAAUUGUCGGGGAUUAAUUGUCCGAGGAUGAUUAGUCGUGCGGAUAAUGUGUCGGGGAUGAAAUGUUUUGGGACCAAAACGCGUGACACCCUCGGAAACCAUAAGGGCUCACAAAAAUCUUUUGAAUAAUAAAAAAUUUUAGUUUUUAAGCACAGACAGAUUAAUUCGUAAACAAAAAAUUCCUCAUAAAUCCUUAUGGUUUCGGGUACCAUAAAUGCAUGUUAAUAAGUAGAUUUGUAAUAAUUAUUUACACUAGAACAGUACACCAACAUGUAAAAAUAAAUAUUUUAUACGCCCUUAUGGUGUCCAGGUACCAUAAGGGCAUAUAAUAAUUUUUAAGCCCUUACGGCGCCUGUAUCAUGAUAUAACGAUACCAAAAGUAAAUAAAUAAAACUAAAAAUAAUAAAAAUAAUAAUAACAAAAUAAAAAAAAAAAAAAUUAAAAAAAAAGCAAGUGCGUUUAGAAAAAAAUUAUCAGGAUCGUCUCAAUCGAUUUAUCGAGACUGGUCUCCUAAAAUAUAUGAAACCAUUAUAAAUUAAUUAAUUAAAUAAAUAAAUGAAACAGUCCUACGUCUCCGUGAAUAAACGCACAAUUUUUCUCAA